AUGACCAGAAAAGUUAAGAAGAGGAUGAGUAGAUCGCAGAUAAAUACUAUGAUCCACUCAGAUGACGAUGAUGAUGGUGAUGACGACAGAAACGUAGAAGAAAAGCAACAACCAGGGUUUGAAGAUAAAAGAGUAGGACGCACGUCACCAGAUGACUUAUCCACAUCCUUGAUAACACCGGCUAUGACUACUGACGAUCAAGAACAAGAUAAAGACCAAGAAAAAGAACCAAUAUCCAAAGAACCAUUCCGAGCCCAAGCUCAAUUAAAGAGCGUUGGAGAAGAAUUGAGUGGGAUGGCUCGACUGAAAAAUCAAGAGUUAAAGAUUCAGAUUAGAUUCCAACCAGUUGGGUCUACACCGCUGAUUAGUCCUAGAGUAUUCAAGAUAUCUGCUACUCAAACCAUGGCUUCUCUAGCAGUGUUUCUUCGUCGACGGCUCAAAGUAGUGGACCAGUUAUGGUUGUAUCUUCAUAGUCUGUUUUCUCCCAAUCCUGAUGAAAGAUUAGGCGAUUUAUGGGAGAUGUUCAGGACUAAUGAUGAAUUAGUAGUAUACUAUUGCAAUACAGUUGCAUUUGGAUAA